AAUUGGGAGGGGCGGAAAAAACCCUGGGAACGAGAUUGGAACUGACUGAGUCAUAGUUUCUUAGCAGGAGUCAUGUGAGACAUUCCUAUAUUACAGGGAUAGCUUUUAGACCAAGUCCGGCUUAUUUCUCUUGAUUUCAUCACAAAGCAAAGCAGUUCAGUACACACGGGAAAAGCGAAACUGAGGGUCGUGCGUGUGGGGAUUGAAACGUAUUCAAGUUGAUUCUGCUGAUUUGACACCUAGGUAGUGGCAUUUGCAAAUUUUGCCCAUAGCCAUUUUUGUGGCAUGUUUAUUUUCAAACCUUGCUUUUCGUCAACAACAACAUAACCUUAUUUGCACUCAUACCUAAAAUAAAGUGUGCAAAAAUAAGUUUAAAAAAACAGAAAACAAAACGAGUACAGGACUGCCCGAAACAACCUUGUAUAAAAGCUUAGCAAAACUUUGAUUCUCCAUACCACUUAAUAAAACUGUACUAAUUAUUCACCUUUUUCAAAAGAGUGUCCUCGAUCACACGGCCCUGUGUUUUUGUAACGACAAAAUAAAUCGUUUAUAAAGUAUACAAUUUUCAUUUGGGUCAUCUGGAGUGAUAAAUAAUUCCACGACAGUCAGUUCGCACGCGCUAGCCAGUGCUAAAAAUAGUUCCCUCUGCAUAAAUGAGAGUAUACGGGGAAAGGAUGUAAGAUUCUAAAAUUCAAUUUGUGGUUGAACUGAUAUCAAACAACUUGAUAUUAGCCUUCAGACUGAAAUGAAAUACAUUUUUAGAAAUGACAUAGAACAGUCUCUUGUCUCCCUUUCUUCCGGCUUACCAUGAAUAAAACCUUUUUAAAAAUUUAGGGGAGAAAGGUCACGUUUUCAGCAUGAACUAUGGCAUUUUGAUAGCCUGGUUUAAUACCACAUUUCAUAAAAGCUCACACAAAAUGUUUUUCAACCCCAGUUACAAUUUCUGUGGUGUGUUCUUGGUGAUAUGGCGACGCAAAUGAGGUUUUCAACGCCAUCAUGGGCUAACUGUGCAAACUAAGAUUACUUGAAACCAUAAUAGUGCCCACAAAAUUAAAAUUCGUAAAGACAGUAAUCAGUGUAUGAAAGUAAACUUGAAACCCUAGUAAAAACGUACACAAUCUAUGCCAAAAAUAUAACUGAGGUUGUUGAAUGAAUUUGACCUCACACAAAGAUAGAGAUUUUGAAUUAAUAGCAACGCAAACAGCGUUUUAUUUGGACAAGUUUUUCUGCGCCAAAGUUAUGCAUGUAAACAGUUUGUACUUUCCUCCUUGUCGCUCGACCAAUCAGCUUUCGUCUUGUAAAUUCCUCAAUGGCUGCCAUAGUCGGCUGCUGAUACGGAGUGAAUGCGAAGUAUUUGAUCUAUGUCAGAGUUCCAUCGACAGCACAAGAGAUUACGAAUGUUGUAAGGAAAUGUCAAAGAGUCGACAAUGUUUUGAAUUGCCAUAGGGCUCAGAGCUCUCGCUUUUUUCGUAGAGAAAAGGGUCGUCUCUUAUGAGAAUAUGUGACCCGUGUCGGAAAUCGGCGACAUGGUUCACAAAAAUAAAGCUUAUGGAACUGAUGGUGGAGUCGACGAAGAGGGUUUCGAUUCUUCGUUGAAAUCAGAUACGGCCCAGCAGAUCAUUCAACAAUGGAUUGAGGAGGCUACCGGACAGUCGUUUAGUUCAUCACGAUUCAUAGAAUCUCUGCAAGACGGCGUUCUGUUGUGCUAUCUUGUGAAGCGAAUACAACCAGAUUCAGAGAUAAUUCAAGAUGUCAUCGAAAAUCCAAGCCCUCAGGAAUCUCAGAUAAACUUGAAAAAGUUUUUGAGUGUUUGUGCUGAUCUUGGUCUCAGCGCCUGGCAGCUUUUUGAUCCACAAGAUUUAGAAGCAGGAGAUAAUGUGAUGUGAGUACUAUUGAUUUAUUAAUAUUAACUGAGUGAAGUUUGAAAAUUAUAUAUCUAGUAGAUAGGUUUUUGUACAUAAAAUUAUGUGGCAUAAUGAUAUUGGUUUAAAUCUGGCGUUAUGAGCAUUAGCCUUCCAUCAGUGUACAGUGGGAGAUUGUAGGCUGUAUACAGUGUUUAUAUCUUGGAGUGAGGGAGUUACAUCGAACCACUUUAGGCUAGCACUUUAUAUGUGGUGCUAUCCUCUUAAUUUUUCCUACAAUCUGGAUUGUAAUUGUCUAUAGUGGUACCUCUCCUGACAAUCG